AGAAGGUGCAUGUCACGCGCUUGCCGCAAAGGAAAGCCUGUGGUUUUUUCUCAAAACAUCGUCGACCCCGUAAACCAAGGACACUCACUCAACGUGCUUGUCGGCGUCCGACUGAAAAAGAUCGACAUUUCACCAAUGUUGAUCAAGACAUCGGUCACUAAUCAAAAGCGCUGAACAAUCCUCAUCUUACAAAAGAGAUCGUAUUUGCAAAGCUCAAAAGAAGCACGUUUUGGGCGUGCCAGCCGGACCCGUUCGUGCCUAGUAGAAAGACAAGCGCAGACACUCGAGGAAGGCAAUUCGACUAUUGAAAGCACAAUCGACGUUUCCUCUCCGUCAGAAACCCUGGCACAAGGACUACUUUCCAAAGCACGCGAGCAAGCACUUUCAACCAUGGCUGCCUUUGCGGAUCUGCCGACAGAAAUGCAAGAUGAAGUGUUCGGUUACCUUGCCGAUGAUCGAAAGUCACUAAACUCGUUCAUACGUGUCGACCGAACGUGGCACCAGCAUACCAUCAGCCUGCUAUGGCAACACUGCUCUGCAAAGGCUCUCUUCUCUAUCACGUCCGUAACCAGGCGUCAGUGGUAUGCCGACAAGAUACACAGGUUCAAAGUCACUGGAGAGCAUCAGGGCGUGGCUCUCAUGUUUGUGAGAUUCCCAAACCUGACACAACUCAUUCUCGGGAGUGGCUCAUUCGACGGUCAGAGCUAUGAGCCCAUCAAGAUUCGGCAUUUUUUGCCGUCGACUUUGCGCAGACUCGAAAUACAACCCGGUUACUUCUACACUUCAGACACGUUGGACUUGAUCAGCGUGUGUUGUCCUUCUCUACAAGACCUCCAUAUCCGAGCGCGUCCUUUUACUGUUGACGAAACCGAACAUCUCCUUGGCUUGAUUCCUGCUUUUCCGACCCUGCGACGUCUUGAGAUAGGCUGCGAUUUUAGUGACGUCUCAAGAACGGCUCUCGAACACCUUGGUCAGAUUCUACCAAUGCUCGAUACAUUCGUUAUCAAGGGUCAUCACAACCUUGACUCUUGGAGAGGCAUAACAGGAACUAUGUUCUCCAGCCUGAGAACUCUUGUCCUCGGGUAUGCAUACAUCUCGGGACACAGGUGGACCUACAGAUGGGAGGACUCGAUGGCAGAUGAGCAUCUGAGCAUCUUGCUUGGACUCGCACCAAGCCUGGAAAGGUAUCGCAUUGUCAAUGGUCAAUACAUGGAUCCAAAAGAGGUGAACAUAAUCAUCCCUCAAGUCUAGAGAUGUCUACUGCGGCCUACAACAUCGUUCAAGAUGAUGGACGGAGAAACGGGCGUCAGAAUAUUUUGCCAUUGAUGGUCUUUUGCUAAAAAAUGUGCAAUUCGUUCGUGCUUGACGGAAGAAGUC